AUGAAGUCUAUGAUGAAAACAGCAGCACUUGUCGGCCUCGCCGCUAUCUCUUGCGUUGAGGCUCACAUGAUGCUCUUCUACCCUCCUACUUUCGGCGCAGAAAACAAUCCUCAUCGCACUGAUCCCGUCGAUCCCCAUCUUGACAACCCCUACAACUGCUGUGGCAGAAAGACGAUUUACCCCUGCCGCGGAUACCUCGAUCUCCUCGGAACCGACCAAGGCGCCCCCGUCGCUAGCUGGGAGGCCGGAUCGUCCCAGAACUUCAGUCUUGUGGGCACGGGAACCCACUGGGGAGGUUCGUGCCAAGCUGGGUUCAGUAUCGAUGAAGGGAAAUCCUGGAAGGUAGUGAGCAGCUAUGAAGGGAACUGCCCUCACCGUACCGGCUCAAACCACGCUCCCGAGGAACAAACCUUUGAAUUCAAGGUUCCCAGCGACAUGCCCAGCGGUAACUACGUCUUUGGUUGGACUUGGAUUAACCGCGAGCAAGAGUUCUUUAUGGUCUGCUCUGCCGUGACUAUCACCGCUCCUGGCACUGGCGGGAACUCUCCACCUUCUCCAUCCUUCACUCCUCGAGGAUUACCUGUUCGCUCGACGGCUCCUGACGCCGAGAGUCACGCCGUCGCUUUCAACGAUCGUCCAGACUUCCUUGUCGCCAACAUCGAUAACGGUUGCAAGACACCACGGACCAAUGCGGAGGUGAAAUAUCCAAAUCCUGGCCCUGAUGUCGUGAAGGGUGACGGUGCCUAUCCCCUUGAGCUCCCAUCGCCAGCAGAUAAAUGCAGUGCAUAG